UAAUCUUUUCUUUGCGAACACAUUUCUCUCCCGAGAAAUACACCGAUGACACGGCGGGUUUAAUAUCAGGAGGUGCUUCAGGAUUCCCCCAGCUGUCCGAAUCCAAGAUUUGGGUCCCUCCCUCCUCCUUCCCUCCCUCCCCCGCCAGGUGGCAGGCAGCAGGUCGCCAUGGAGAACUCGUCUGUGGCGUCAGCGUCCUCAGAGGCUGGCAGCACGCGCUCGCAGGAGAUUGAGGAGCUGGAGCGCUUCAUCGACAGCUACGUGCUGGAGUACCAGGUGCAAGGCCUGCUGGGAGAUAAGAACGAGGCAGACCUGGACGGAGACAACAAGCCCCAGUCCCACAUCUCACAGUGGACAGAGGACUGCAAUGACAGGAAAGAUGGGAGUUGGGCAUCCUCACGGGGGAGGGGCUCCACCAAACCGGAUGAGUGGGAUCACAGUAGUAAUGGCAGUACAGGGUCCAGGCCCAGCUCUGGUUCAAGGCCUUGUUCAGGCUCCAGGUCCGGUAGCCGAGGGAGGAACAACCAGUUCAGAGGGCCAGCCAAGGUACAGAACGGGAACAGAGAAGGGGCAUUUGAUAUCCUGGGUACUGACAUCUGGGCUGCUAACACCAUGGACUCUCAUGGGGGGGCGACAUGGGACCUCCAGCCUGAAAAGCUAGACUUCAGCCAGUUCCACAGGAAACCCUUCAGAGGAACACCAAAGCAUCUACCACACAUCGACAGAGAGGGGAUGAUGAAAGGCAAGUUUGAAGAUGAUGAUGAUGAUGAUGGCAUCGACCUGAAUGACAUGGAGAAGUUCCUGCCAGGCCUUACUGGUUUCCCGCCCCUGCCUAAUGAAGCAGAGAUCGCACACACCAAAAAGCUCUUCCGACGCAGGAGGAACGACCGACGGAGACAGCAGCAGCAGAGACCUCCGGGAGGAGGAGGAGACAGGAAGACCCAGAAUCCUCAGCAGCAGUCGCCACAACGACAACAACCUCCAUCUCAACAACAACCGGUCAAUCAGCAACAGAAUGACCAGCAGCAGCCCGGGCCGGGGGGUCAUGGUAGAUACCCUCGUGACCAGCAGCAGCAGGGAGGACAGCGUGGAGGUAGCCACGGGCAGCAGUUCCAGGGCCACGGCGGGCAGCGUCAGGGACCUCCCCACCACGGCUAUAGCCAGAAUCGCCGCUGGCACCACAACCAGAAGGGGCAAGGGGGCCCGGCAGGUGACAGGGACAGGGGGGCAACCCCAACAGGAGACAGGGACAGGGGGGCAACCCCAACAGGAGACAGGGACAGAGGGGGGGCACCAACGGGAGACAGGGACAGGGGGGAAACCCCAACGGGAGACAGGGACAGAGGGGGGGCACCAAUGGGAGACAGGGACAGGGGGGAAACCCCAACGGGAGACAGGGAUAGAGGGGGGGCACCAACGGGAGACAGGGACAGAGGGGGGGCACCAACGGGAGACAGGGACAGGGGGGCAACCCCAACGGGAGACAGGGACAGAGGGGGGGCACCAACGGGAGACAGGGACAGAGGGGGGGCACCAACGGGAGACAGGGACAGAGGGGGGGCACCAACGGGAGACAUGGACAGAGGGGGGGCACCAACGGGAGACAUGGACAGGGGGGUGGCACCACUCAGAAACACCAAAGAGACAGAGAAUGUGAAGGCAGAGGAGACCAGCACCAGGCUGGAGACAGAGAGCUCCAGGGGCCCCAGUGAGGGGCUUCCCAGCCAGCCUGGGGGCCAGCAGAAGGGCCAGAGCCCAACAGGGAGUGACAAGCACAGGGACAGCCAGCUGGACGCGGGCCCUAAAGUCAGCCUGCUGCAGUCAUCCAAGGAGAGGCUGAGGCGGAGGCUAAAAGACAAGGAGGAGGCUGUGGUGUCGCCAGUCGGGCCCCAGCAGAGCCGCAUGGACCGCUUGCUGGAGAUCCUGAACAGCAUGAGGAACAACAGAGCCGGGGUGGACAGCCAGCUCAGCUCCUUCAUGGAGGAGGCCCAGAGCUCGGCCCAGAGCUCGGCCCAGAGCUCGGCCCAGUCAGAGGAGACCCUGGAUCAGAUAGUCAGCACCAUCUAUGACAAGGCCCUCAGCGACAGGAGCUUUGCUGCUACUGCUGCAAGACUCUGUGACAAGAUGGCCCUGUUUAUGGUGGAGGGGACCAAGUUUAGGUCACUACUGCUCAAUAUGUUACAGAAGGACUUUUCUCGUCGGGUGGAGCUACAGGCGUCUGACGUGGAGCUUUGGUUGGGAUUCAUCACCUUCCUGUGUGAGGUUUUUGGAACCAUGAGGUCCAGCGCUGGAGAACCGUUUAGGGUGUUGGUCUGUCCUAUAUACACCUGUCUCCGAGAGCUGCUGCAGUCUCCCGAGGUUAAGGAGGAUGCAGUCCUCUGCUGUUCUAUGGAGCUGCAGUCCACAGGUCAUCUCCUGGAGGAGCAGCUUCCAGAGAUGAUGACUGAGCUCCUUGCCACAGCCAGGGACAAGAUGCUGUGUCCGGCUGAGUCCCAGCUGACCCGCUCCCUCCUCAUGGAGGUCAUUGAGCUCCGUGCCCACCACUGGACCCCUCUGGAGGCCCUCACCACACAGUACUACAACAGAACCAUUCAGAAGCUCACCACCGCCUAGCCACCCAGGGCCCAGGACUGGACCUAGGCUCACAGGUCUUCAGGUCUCUCUUGAAAAAGACAUUUUAUCUCAAUAAGACAACCUGGUUAAAUCAAAUAAAAAGGUCCAGUUGUCUGACAUAGGGAGGCCUUAACUGGGUUAAUAGCUAGGAGGCAUGGGACCAUACCGGGCGGCAGUACAGAAUUUAUCUGGGGCCGAAAGGGUUUAGGUUACGGUUUGGGGAUGAGACAAGACAGAAACAUGUGAAACCAUGCAUAAACAAGUCGAACACUACACACACAACUUAAAAGACCGGCCACUGGCCAUGCUGCCUGUUCCAACGAGACGGGAGGAGGACAAAGAGUGUUUGUGAGGCGCGUAGAGGAGAGGGGUGUGUGGGGGUACAGGGUCGGGUAACAGCCGUCUCUGGGGAACAGAGGGUCUCCUCAGAGGAUAAAAAGAGAAGGCGGUGUCCAGAGGGACAUUUCAUUCUCUAUCUCUUUUGUGCUUGUUUGCCAACUACCCGCCCUCCUAUCUGUUUCCUCUGUCUCUCCUCCUCCUUUCAACUCUAGACCCCUUCCACCCCGGGGUCUAUGUGGCUGGGGGAGCAUGCCUCCCUCUAGUUUGUCCCCUCACCAGGCGACACUCUCUUGCCAGGCGACCCUCUCUCGCCAGGCGACCCUCUCUCGCCAGGCGACCCUCUCUCGCCAGGCGACCCUCUCUCGCCAGGCGACCCUCUCUCGCCAGGCGACCCUCUCUCGCCAGGCGACCCUCUCUCGCCAGGCGACCCUCUCUCGCCAGGCGACCC